AUGGCUAAGCAAUCUCUAGACGUUUCCUCUGACAGAAGAAAGGCCAGAAAGGCUUACUUCACUGCUCCAUCUUCACAACGUCGUUUCUUGUUGUCUGCUCCUCUAUCCAAGGAGUUGAGAGCUCAAUACGGUGUCAAGUCUUUGCCAAUCAGAAGAGAUGACGAAAUUUUGGUCACCCGUGGUUCUAACAAGGGUCAAGAAGGUAAGAUCUCCUCCGUUUACAGAUUGAAAUUCGCCAUCCAAGUUGACAAGGUCACCAAGGAAAAGUCAAACGGUGCUUCCGUUCAACUAAACCUUCACCCAUCUAAGGUCGUCAUCACCAAAUUGCAUUUGGACAAGGACAGAAAGGCUUUGAUCGAAAGAAAAGGUGGUAAGUUGGAAUAA